AGACAAAAAAACCAUCGCCUAUUUUGCUCUCGUGCUCUGGCUGCCCCCUUCCUCUCUCUCUCUCUGUCUCUCUGGUUUCAGUAGGGCUUCUCUCUGACGCUUCUGUAGGACUCCUUUCUCCGCGGCGCACUUUAUUAUUGUCGUCUCUAUCUUAUGCCCCCUGGAGGGUUAGAGGGAGUUUCUGCUUUUUGGGGUUUGUUUCGUGUGUUCUUCGUUUACGGUUAGAUCUGUUACGAUAGUGAAAGGAAUAAUUUUUUUUCUCGAGAGGGGAAUAAUCUGAGAAUUGGGGUUUUCUGUGUUUAUUUGAUGCGUUGGCGGGGAUCCGAGGUCUCGAAACGGGUUGAUAAGCUGGGUGGAACCCUGAGAUGGCCAAUCCUGGAGUCGGGAACAAGUUUGUUUCUGUGAAUCUCAAUAAAUCCUAUGGUCAGCAACAGUAUCAUCAGCGUCACCAUAAUAAUCAGCAUCAUUCAAGCUCAUAUGGGUCAAACCGCAACCGCUCUGGUGGAGGUGGAGGAGGGAUGGUGGUGCUUUCGCGACCUCGUAGCUCACAGAAGGCUGCUGGGCCGAAACUUUCUGUUCCACCCCCCUUGAAUCUGCCAUCGCUGCGGAAGGAGCAUGAGAGGUUUGAUUCGUUGGGAUCAGGUGGGGGUCCUGCUGGAGGUGGUAUGGGCAGUGGUCCUCGCCCUAGUUCUUCGGGUAUGGGCUGGACCAAGCCUGCAGCAAUUGCCCUACAGGAGAAAGAAGGAUUUGGUAUUGGUGGUGAUCAUACAGUUGAUGACACUAGUAAUAGUCAUGGUGUUGAUCAGGGAUUGUCUGGUGUUGCUAAUGAGGUCAGGAAGGGGAGUGGUAGUAGUGUGUAUACACCGCCUUCUGCUCGGUCAGUGGUGCCUGUAGUUUCUGUUCCUUCUGGGGGAUACCAGGUGACAGGGAAAGUCGCAGUUUUGAGGGGUGAGGAUUUCCCUUCAUUGCAGGCUACAUUGCCAGCAACUUCUGUGCCUGAAAAGAAACAGAAGGAUGUUUUGAAUCAGAAACAGAAGCAAACGUUGGGUGAGAAAUUGGCUAAUGAACGGAAUAGUUCCCAAUUGAGUACACUUGUUGAUAUGCGUCCGCAAUUGCAGUCAAGGACUAAUAUUAGCAAUGGAUUGCAAGAGAAUGUUGCUGAAAUUCAUGGUUUGGGUGGUUCAGUCAUGCUUGAGAAAGACCGAAGGCAGGAAGACUACUUUUCAGGACCACUGCCGUUAGUCCGGUUUAAUCCAAGGUCAGAUUGGGCAGAUGAUGAGCGUGACACAGGGCUUGGUUUGACAGACCGGGGCAGAGAGCAUAGAUUUUCCAAGAGUGAAGUCUACUGGGAUGUGGAUUUUGAUUUCCCAAGGCCUAGUAUUUUGCCACAGAAAAUAGGACAUAAUCUCUUUGACAGGAGGGGAGAACGGGACAAUGCAACUGGAAAGAUUUCUUCCAGUGAAGUCACCAAAGUGGAUGCUUAUGGGCGGGAUUUGAGAAUGUGUACCAGAGAGGGACGGGAAGGAAACUCAUGGAGAGCUUCUUCACCUCUUUCAAAAGAUGGAUUUAGUGUCCAAGAGGCUGGGAAUGAAAUAAAUGGUAUUGGCAUAAGGCCAUCUACUCUGAACAGAGAAGUAACCAAGGAGAAUAAGUACAUCUCCUCACCUUUCCGAGAAAAUGCUCAGGAUGAUGCUGGGAGGAGGGAUUCUGUGUAUGGACAAGGUGGGAGGCAGUCUUGGAAUAAUAAGAUGGACUCUUUUGGCAGUCGAGGGCCUGAAUGGAACUCUCGAGAGUAUUAUGGCAAUGAACAAUACAAAAGAUACAGAGGAGACGCUUACCAGAAUAAUUCAGGAUCCAAAUCAUCAUUUUCUUCAGGUGGUAAAGGGCUUCCAAUUAAUGAUCCCAUACUGAAUUUUGUUAGGGAGAAGCAUUCAUUCUUGAAGAGUGAAAAGCCUUACCUAGAGGACCCCUUCAUCAAGGACUUUGGGACUUCUGGUUUUGAUGGAAGGGAUCCUUUUUCAGGGGGUCCUGUUGGUCUGGUUAAGAAGAAGAAAGAUCUGCUUAAACAGACAGAUUUUCAUGACCCUGUUCGGGAAUCUUUUGAGGCUGAACUUGAGAGAGUUCAGAAGAUGCAGGAACAAGAGCGACAGCGGAUAAUGGAAGAACAUGAAAGAGCUAUGGAACUUGCUAGGAGAGAAGAAGAGGAGAGGAUGCGGUUGGCUAGGGAACAAGAAGAACGACAAAGAAGGUUGGAAGAAGAGAGACUGGAUGCCUUGCGGAGAGCUGAACAAGAGAGACUGGAAUCCAUGCGGAGAGCUGAAGAACAAAGGAUAGCUAGAGAGGAAGAGAAACACAGAAUUCUUUUGGAGGACGAGAGGAGGAAGCAGGCUGCUAAGCAGAAGCUUUUGGAAUUGGAGGAAAGGAUUGCCAAGAGGCAUGCAGAAGAAGCAAAUAGUGUUAAUACUAAUUCUUCUGGUGUUACAGAUGAGAAAAUGUCAGGGUUGGUAUCAGAAAAAGAUGUUUCCAAGGUGGCAGAUGUGGGUGAUUGGGAAGACAGUGAAAGGAUGGUAGAAAGGAUCACAACUUCAGCAUCUUCUGAUUCCUCAGGAAUGAAUAGACCAUUUGAGGUUGCGUCUAGGGCUCACUUUCCUAGAGAUGGUGCUUCAGCCUUUUUGGACAGAGGUAAAGCUGUGAAUUCAUGGAAGAGGGAUGUAUUUGAAAAUGGGAACAGCUCAACCUUCCCUCUACAAGACCAGGAGAAUGCUCAUCGCAGUCCUAGGCGGGAUACAUCUAUUGGCGGAAGAGCAUUUCCUAGAAAAGAAAUUUAUGGGGGACCUGGAUUCAUUCCCUUGAGGACUUAUCAUAAAGGAGGUAUUCCUGACGCUCAUAUGGAUGAUUUUAGUCAAAUCAAGGGUCAGAGGUGGAAUAUAUCAGGGGAAGCAGAUCAUUAUGGUAGAAAUGCGGAGGUUGAAUCUGAAUUUCAUGAUAACUUUACUGAGAGGUUUGGUGAUGCUGGAUGGGGUCAUGGUCGCUCGCGUGGCAAUCUCUAUCCUCCAUACAAUGAACGAAUUUAUCAAAAUCCAGAGGCAGAUGGGCUUUAUUCCUUUGGAAGGUCACGGUAUUCCAUGAGGCAGCCUCGUGUUCUACCCCCUCCAUCUAUGAAUUCAAUGCUCAGAAUUCCUUACAGAAAUGAGAAUGACCAUCCUGGUCCCUCAACUUUUCCUGAAGGUGAGAUGCGGUACAAUCAUGGUGCAAGAAAUGAAUCUUCUAUGCAGACAAGGUAUGAUAGCAGCCAUCAAGAGAAUGUCAGACGCACUGAAAGAAUCGAUGCCGAGCAAGAUCAUACUGAUAAUGAAGUGCACAAACUAGAUAGGGACAAAGCAAGAUGUGACUCACAGUCCUCGCUUUCUGUUUCAAGCCCCCCUGACUCUCCAGUUCAUCUAUCUCAUGAUGACUUGGAUGAAACUGGAGAUUCUCUGGCAUUAUCAGGUAGUGAAGGUAAAGAUGUUGCCUUAUUGGAGCAAGUGAAUGAGUCUGCAACCUUACCCAUAGAAGCUGAGAAAGAGAAUAUGAUGAGUGGCUCAAGUGUCGUCUCUACUGGUGAUGAUGAAGAAUGGACUAUUCAGAAUGGUCAGCAGUUGCAGGAACAAGAAGAAUAUGAUGAGGAUGGAGAUGGUUAUGAUGAAGAAGAUGAAAUUCAUGAUGGAGAAGAUGAGAAUAUUAACCUUGCCCAAGAUUUUGAUGGUGUGCAUGUAGAGGAGAAAGGUUCAACUGAAAUGAUGGACAACUUGGUCCUUGGCUUCAAUGAGGGUGUAGAGGUUGGGAUGCCAAAUGAUGAGUUUGAGAAAACCUCAAAGAAUGAGGAAAUCAAAUUUGUGAUUCAACAAAUUUAUGGAGAAGAACAAGGAUCCUUUGAUGGGCUGAACAGUGAUGGACAAACCCAUCAACCUGUGGAUGGUUCUCAAGUGAACAUGGAUAAUUCUUCCAGAAUCUUCCAGGAAACUGAGAAGGCAAUGCAAGAUUUGGUAAUUCAACCUAAAAAUGCUCUGCAAACAUCCUCUGAACUGAUGGAUCAUGUGGAUGGUUCUACUAGUUCUGGUUUGUCCACUCAGCCCGAAGUCCCAUCAUCAGGUCAGACUGUCAUGUCCGGUGGUGCCUCUGUUCUUGGUCAGCCUGAGGUACCUGUUAAACUUCAGUUUGGGUUGUUCUCCGGUCCUUCUCUGAUACCCUCACCAGUUCCAGCCAUACAGAUUGGUUCUAUACAGAUGCCUCUUCAUCUUCGUGCACCUGUUGGUCCAUCCCUCACUCAUGUGCACCCAUCACAACCUCCUCUAUUCCAAUUUGGUCAGCUAAGGUAUGCAUCUCCUAUUUCACAGGGGAUAUUGCCAUUGGCUCCGCAAUCAAUGUCUUUUGUUCAGCCCAGUGUUCCAACUAAUUUUCCUUUGGAUCAGAAAGUGGGAGGUCCUCUGCCUAUUCAACCUGGUCAAGAAACUUCUGCUCAUAUUCUUAUGAAAAGUGACCUUUUGUCUGUUUCAAUGGAUAAUCAACAAGCUAUUCUUCCACGGAACUUAGAUGUAUCUCAUGUUCUAGCUUCAAAAGAGGGAAAAUCUUUGUCACCAAGAGAAAGUGCUGGUAACACUGUAAAAAUGCAGCAGGGUUCUCAAAUAAAUGAUAGCAGUUCCAGGUCUGAAUCAGGAUUUCAAGUGGAAGAUGCAUUUUUGAAAGAUUUGAAAGCCUUAUCCACUAAAGAAUUGGAAGGGCAGCCUCAAACUGUGGCAACAUCAUUGCAUUCAGUUUCUAAAGAAAAAGAUAUAGGUGCCUCAAAGGUUCGGGGUCUAGCAUCAGGAGGGAGAGGGAAGAAAUAUGUCUUUGCAGUAAAAAAUUCUGGCUCAAAAACAUUGUCGCAGGCUUCCGAAAAUUCUUGCCAAGAGUCUAGUGGAUUUCAGAGGCGUCGACGUCAGCGAACUGAAUUUCGAGUUCGGGAAAGUGCUGAUAAGAGGCAAUCUGUUGGACUUAUUUCAUCUAUGCCAUAUGGAAUUGAUGAUAAGUCUAAUAACGGUGGUAGGGGUACUGCAGCAAAAAGCAUCUCAAGGAGGGUUGUUGUGCCUAAUAGACAACCAAAACAAACAUUUGAAUCAGAAGGUUUGAAUUCACGAUCAGUUGGUUCACGGGAGGUAGAUUCGGGAAGUAAGGCUGAAAAGGGGGCUGGAAAAGAAUCUUUGAGAAAGAAUCAGAGCAUUUCACAUGCUGGAGAGGGCGUUGAUGCACCAUUGCAAAGUGGAAUUGUGCGUGUUUUUGAGCAACCUGGUAUAGAAGCUCCUAGUGAUGAUGAUGAUUUUAUUGAGGUGAGGUCAAAGAGGCAAAUGUUGAAUGAUCGCCGUGAACAGAGAGAGAAAGAAAUCAAGGCAAAAUCUCGGGUCUCAAAGAUGCCAAGAAAACUUCGUUCUACCUCACAAAGUAUUGCAUCUGUCACCUCAAAUAAAAUUUCUGUAUCAGUUGAUGCAGAAUCUAACAAUAUUCGCUCUGAUCUUGUUGGCACCGAUGGACAUGGCUUGGCAAAUGUUGAAGUGUCUGCUGGAUUUAAUGCCCCAUUAGCGUCCCAACCAUUGCCACCAAUUGGAACUCCUGCUUUGAAAACUGAUGCUCAGGCUGAUACAAGAUCCCAAACAAUCAAGUCCUUCCAAACAAGCUCCCCACCUGUUGUAUCUGGUAGUGGAAAGAAUCUCGCAACAGGCUUAAUGUUUGAGAGCAAGAAUAAGAUUGUGGAUAAUGCCCAAACAUCUUUGGGCUCUUGGGGUAAUUCCCGGAUUAAUCAACAGGUUAUGGCCUUAACUCAGAAUCAACUCAAUGAGGCUUUGAAGCCUGCACAGUUUGAUUCACAUUCUUCUGUUGGAGAUACUUCUAAAUCAGUUGGUGAGUCCAGCUUGCCACCAUCAUCCAUCUUGACUAAGGACAAGACAUUUUCCUCCGCUGCGAGUCCAAUCAACUCAUUGCUUGCGGGGGAGAAAAUUCAAUUUGGUGCAGUUACAUCUCCAACAAUUCUCCCUCCUAGCAGCUGUGCUGUUUCCCUUGGUAUUGGCCCUCCAGGUCCAUGUCGGUCAGACAUUCAAAUUUCUCAUAAUCUAUCUGCAGCUGAAAAUGAUUGCUCUCUUUUCUUUGAAAAAGAGAAACACUCCAAGGAAUCUUGUGCUCAUUUGGUAGAUUGUGAGGCUGAAGCUGAAGCUGAAGCAGCUGCCUCAGCCAUUGCUGUUGCAGCCAUAAGCAGCGAUGAGAUUGUCGGGAAUGGGCUGGGUGCAGGCCCUGUCUCUGCUUCAGAUUCCAAAAAUUUUGGUGGUGCUGAUAUUGAUGGAAUACCAGCAGGUGUAUCUGGUGAUCAACAGUUGGCCAAUCAAUCAAGAGCUGAAGAAUCUCUUAGUGUCGCUCUUCCUGCUGAUCUUUCUGUUGAUACACCACCAAUCUCUUUGUGGCCACCUUUGCCAAGUCCACAGAAUUCUUCUAGCCAGAUGCUUUCUCAUGUUCCUGGAGGUCCAGCUUCCCAUUUUCCCUUCUAUGAGAUGAAUCCAAUGUUGGGGGGACCUAUAUUUACUUUUGGGCCGCAUGACGAUUCUGCAUCUACCCAAUCACAGUCCCAGAAGAGUAAUGCAUCAGUUUCUGGUCCAGUUGGGACCUGGCAACACCAUUCUGGUGUAGAUUCAUUCUAUGGCCCUCCGACAGGUUUUACUGGUCCUUUCAUCAGCCCUCCUGGAAGCAUUCCAGGUGUUCAAGGUCCUCCACACAUGGUUGUGUACAACCAUUUUGCACCAGUUGGACAGUUUGGACAGGUUGGCUUGAGUUUCAUGGGUACCACCUACAUUCCGUCUGGGAAGCAACCUGACUGGAAGCAUAACCCAGCUUCUUCUCCGAUGGGUGUUGGUGAAGGGGACAUGAAUAGUUUGAAUAUGGUUUCAGCACAGCGCAAUCUCACCAACAUGCCUACUCCUAUACAACAUCUUGCUCCUGGAUCACCUCUCUUGCCUAUGGCAUCUCCUUUGGCCAUGUUUGAUGUUUCUCCUUUCCAGUCCUCUCCUGACAUGUCUGUCCAAGCUCGAUGGUCACAUGUUCCGGCAUCCCCUCUUCAAUCUGUUUCUGUAUCAGUGCCAUUGCAGCAACAGGCAGAAGCUGCACUUUCUUCUCAGUUUAACCAUGGGCCAACUGUUGACCAACCAUUAGUUAACAGGUUCCCAGAGUCUCAAACGACCGCACCCUCUGAUGACAACCAGAACUUCCCCACUGCUACUGAUGCCUCUGUUACCCAGUUACCGGACGAACUUGGCUUGGUAGACUCAUCAAGCUCCACUGGUGCUGGUACUUCAACACAGAGCACUGUUGCUAAGAGCUCAUCUGCUAGCAACAUUCCAGAUGCUGGCAAGACACAUGCUGUGCAGAAUGGCAGUGGGAGCAGCAGCAACCAGAAUACAGGUUCUGUUUUCAAAAGGCAGCCUUCCCAUCAGAGGAGUACUUCCGCCCAGCAUUAUGGUAAUUCUUCUGGCUAUAAUUAUCAAAGAGGUGGUGGAAUCUCUCAGAAGAAUAGUUCUGGGGCUGAGUGGUCUCAUCGUAGGAUGGGAUUCCAAGGAAGGAAUCAAUCUUUGGGUGCAGAAAAGGGCUUUCCUUCUUCUAAGAUGAAGCAGAUUUAUGUGGCUAAGCAGACUUCAAGUGGAGCACCAAUGGCUUCGUGAAUAGGAUAUAAAUGAGGUUACUGGAUUUAGAAGUUGAAAGCAUCGGGAUUGAAGCAUCUUUCCAGUAAAAAUUUUGUUUUUGGUUGUUUUUUUUUUUGUUUUGGAAAAAAAAAUUUGCCUAGGGUAAAGGUUGAGAUUUGGAUUUUACUGGCAGAGCUGGUUGAGCACAUAUAUGUAUCUGUUCUGGAUGUUUUGAGGAGUGGACAGGUAAAGUCUACUGGUUUGCUUGUUGCUAUUCCCAGUUUUGUGUAGUAGCUAGGGCGUUGUCCAUGUUUUUUUUAGUAGUCUCAUCUCUUUGUCGGGUGCACAGACCUAAUUGUAAUUUUUUUUUUUUGGGAUUGAUGUGUUAAAAAUAUUAAGGAGCCAGCUGCCUGAUGUGUUGUUGAUGAUACUACUAAUGAUAAUGAUAAAAAUGGGCUUUAUGGCCUUCUGCA